AUGGGCAAAUUAUUACAUUUCUAUUUUUGCCCUCCUUCCCCCUCCAUCCUAGAAAAAGCAGCACCAAAAACUUACUUCGAUAUAGAAAAACUUGUCCAGCACAGAUCAUAUGUGGAAUUCCCCAAGAAGGAGGUUGCAGCUUCGGUUACUGCUGCCUCUACAGAAGCUGCAUCUGUUGCUGCCCCUGCACCUAAACCAGUUGUAACUGCCACCGCGCCUGCAGCCGAAGCCGCUGCUCCCAGAGCUGAAGCCAUUGCCCCCGCAUUUGAAGCCAUUCCUGUAGUUGAAGCCGCUGCCCCUGUAGUUGAAGCCACUCCUGUAGCUGAAGCCACUGCCCCUGUAGUUGAAGCCACUCCUGUAGCUGAAGCCACUGCCCCUGUAAUUGAAGCCACUGCCCCUGUAGCUGAAGCCACUGCCCCUGUAGCUGAAGCCGCUGCCCCUGUAGCUGAAGCCGCUGCCCCUGAAGUUGAAGCCACCCCUGCAGCUGAAGCCGCUGCCCCUGUAGUUGAAGCCACUCCUGUAGCUGAAGCUACUGCCCCUGAAGUUGAAGCCACACCUGCAGCUGAAGCCAUUGAGCUUACACCUGAGGCCACAGUUUGCCCUCCAGAAACUAUUGCUGAAACUGCAUCCCCUGCAGUUGAAGCUGCAGCUCCUGAAGCCCCUGCUGCACCGGCCUCUGAAGAUGCACCUACAGAAGACGCCCCUGUCCAGGAAGCAGUUGCUGAGGUUGUAGAAGCUGUCAGUGAAGUAGUUGCAGAAGUUGUGGCGGAAGCUUCCCCAGUUGUAGAGGCUGUUGCUGAGGUAGUUGGAGAAUCUGGCCCUAUUGAGGCGGUUGCAGAGGCAGCUCCUGCUGAAGAGCUGAUAGAUCCUGCCCCUGUGAUCUCAGAUGCUACUGAAGUUCCAGCAGAAGUUGUGGAGACGCCUGAGGCUGGAUUGGACCCCAUUCAGAAACUGUUCCUAGAUUCAAUCCGUGCAUACUCCACAAAAAGCGGUGCCGCUGGUGGUCUAGUUGAUGCCGGUUCAGUGCGGUUGCCAGUAAAAGAAAGAAGAUAA